CUGAAAUCUCAGAUUCACGUUAACACAACUUUUCUCAUCACAGGCUGUGAGCCCAUUCCUGUCCGCUAUCUUGAGUGGAGCAACAUAGAAUCCAUCAUAGCCAUCGUCUUUUCUUGCCUGGGCAUCCUCGUUACCUUGUUUGUGACCCUCAUCUUUGUGCUAUACCGGGACACUCCUGUGGUCAAAUCCUCCAGUCGAGAACUCUGCUACAUCAUCCUAGCUGGCAUCUUCCUCGGUUACGUGUGCCCUUUCACUCUCAUUGCCAAACCUACUACCACAUCCUGCUACCUCCAGCGCCUCCUCGUUGGCCUCUCCUCUGCCAUGUGCUACUCUGCUUUAGUGACCAAAACCAAUCGUAUUGCACGCAUCCUGGCUGGCAGCAAGAAGAAAAUCUGUACCCGCAAACCCAGGUUCAUGAGUGCUUGGGCCCAGGUGAUCAUUGCCUCAAUUCUGAUCAGUGUGCAACUAACCCUGGUGGUCACCUUGAUCAUCAUGGAGCCUCCCAUGCCCAUUCUGUCCUACCCAAGUAUCAAGGAAGUCUAUCUUAUCUGCAAUACCAGCAACCUGGGUGUGGUGGCCCCUGUAGGCUACAAUGGACUCCUCAUCAUGAGCUGUACCUACUAUGCCUUCAAGACCCGCAAUGUGCCCGCCAACUUCAACGAGGCCAAAUAUAUCGCCUUCACCAUGUACACCACCUGCAUCAUCUGGUUAGCUUUCGUGCCCAUUUACUUUGGGAGCAACUACAAGAUCAUCACUACCUGCUUUGCAGUGAGCCUCAGUGUGACGGUGGCCCUGGGGUGCAUGUUCACUCCCAAGAUGUACAUCAUUAUCGCCAAGCCCGAGAGGAAUGUACGCAGUGCCUUCACCACCUCUGAUGUGGUCCGCAUGCAUGUGGGAGAUGGCAAGCUGCCCUGCCGCUCCAACGCUUUCCUCAAUAUUUUCCGAAGAAAGAAGCCAGGGGCAGGGAACGCCAAUUCUAAUGGCAAGUCUGUGUCAUGGUCUGAACCAGGUGGAAGACAGGUGCCCAAGGGACAGCACAUGUGGCACCGCCUCUCUGUGCACGUGAAGACCAAUGAGACGGCUUGCAACCAAACGGCCGUCAUCAAGCCCCUCACUAAAAGUUACCAAGGCUCUGGUAAGAGCCUAACCUUUUCAGAUACCAGCACUAAGACCCUUUACAACGUGGAGGAGGAGGGGGACGCCCAGCCGGGUCGCUUCAGCCCUCCCAGCAGCCCUUCCAUGGUGGUGCACCGACGAGUGCCACCCGCGGUGACCACGCCGCCUCUGCCACCCCAUCUGACCGCAGAGGAGACCCCCCUCUUCCUGGCCGACCCCGCCAUCCCCAAGGGCUUGCCCCCUCCCCUCCAGCAGCAGCCGCAGCCGCAGCCGCAGCCACAGCCACAGUCACAGCAGAAGUCCCUGAUGGAGCAGAUUCACGAGGUGGUCAACAGCUUGGGCACGGGUAUCCCCGACUUCCACGCGGUGCUGGCGGGCCCCGGGGUACCGGGGACCGGGCUGAGGUCGCUGUACCCGCCCCCGCCCCCCCCGCAGCACCUGCAGAGGUUGCCGCUGCAGCUGAGCACCUUCGGGGAGGAGCCCGUGUCCCCGCCCGCCGAGGACGAGGACGACAGUGAGAGGUUUAAGCUCCUGCAGGAGUACGUGUAUGAGCGCGAAGGGAACACCGAGGAAGACGAACUGGAGGAGGAAGAGGAGGACCUGCAGGCGGCUAGCAAGCUGACUCCGGAGGAUUCCCCUGCCCUGACGCCACCGUCACCUUUCCGAGACUCGGUGGCUUCGGGCAGCUCGGUGCCCAGCUCCCCCGUGUCUGAGUCGGUGCUCUGCACCCCUCCCAAUGUGACCUACGCCUCUGUCAUCCUGAGGGACUACAAGCAAAGCUCUUCCACCCUGUAA